ACACACACACACACACUGGGGAGUGGAGACCUACCUCAAAAACACAAUAGAAAGAAGGUUCUGCAGUGGAUAACUCGCCUCCCAGAAACCCAAACUCUGGCCCCGUGAUGCUCGCCCACACGCGCCUCCCGCCUCCGGCUCCGCAUCCCGCCCAAAUCCUGCCCGCCCGCCUUGCCGGAGGCGGCGGUGUGGAGUUCCGCCGCAAGGUCCACUUCCUCUCGGCCGAGCUCCAUCUCGACCCGUUCCCGCUCCUCGCCCUUCAUCCUGAGCUCCGCUCCGCGCCGCUCGCGCUUCUCCAUGCCUCCCUCCGCCUCCUCCUCUCACACGGACUCUCCGCCGGCGACGCCUCCCGCGUCUUUUCGGCAUUCCCGUCGCUCCUCACCUCUCCUCCUGAGGAGUCCCUCCGCUUCCUCUCCGCCGCCGCGCCGCUGCCCCCUCCUCUCCUCCGCGCCGCGGUGGUCCGUUCCCCUCGCCUCCUCGCAGCGUCCAUCCCGGACACCCUCCGCCCCGCGCUUUACUUCCUUCGCCACCGCGUUUCCCUGCGACGGAGACCCCUUCCGCUCGCUGCUGCCCUGCUCCUCGCUUUCUCCGUCGACCGCACACUCCUCCCCAAGGUCCUCUUCCUUGGCAAAGCCACGGGGCUCCCAGACCCCGCCAUCUGCACCAUUAUUCGCCGCGCCCCCGCCAUUCUCUCCUAUGGUAUCGAGACCAACCUCACGCCCAAGCUCAAGUUCCUCGCCGACGGCAUGGGCAUGGACCCAGCCGCGGAGCUUACCGAGUUCCCACACUACUUCGCGUUCAGCUUGGAGGGGAGGAUCAGGCCGAGGCACCAAGCAUUGAGGCUGAGGGGCAUUGAUAUGUCACUAAAGGAAAUGCUCACGAGCAGCGAUGAUGAGUUCAAGGAGCGGAUUUUAGAUGCAACGCUGUCGGGCAAUAUGCAGAAGAUGUGAACCUGGACUCAGAAGGGGGGUAUGUGUGGUUGCUGCACUGCAUCUGGUUUCCAUAAUUGUGGUGCAUUGAGUUUGAAUCCAUUAAGAAUUUUAGCCUCUAAUGUGCCAAAUGCCUUCAACGGUAGCUCAACAUAAAUUGAGCUGGUGUGUUACCCUUGGAGGAAGGAUGGGUCGAGGCAUGAGCCGUUUGAGAGGUGGGCAGUUUUGGUUCUAUGGUGGAGCUGUGGGACCUAUGUUUAGGUGAGUGGUGAUACGCCCGAAGAGUUUAGUGAUAGCUGUCUGUCUUUAUGUACUACCACUAAUCCAAAAUGUAAGUCUUCUACUCCCUCCGUCCCAU